GGGUAGUUUCCGGUUCCGGUCUCUGUGUGGUGUUGGACAUGGCGGUGGGUCAGAGGAUAAAGCGAGUGGGGAUGCAGCAGGUUUUAGGAACGUCUGUUCUUUUGCUCGUCUCUCUCCUUUCUGUGGCGGAAGGGACUGGGCGAACGCUCGUGCUUCUGGAGAACAUCAACAUGAAAGAGACACAUUCUAUGUUCUUCAAAAGCCUGGCAGAUCUUGGAUUUAACUUGACAUUCAAGAUUUCAGAUGAUCCUGGUUUAUCUCUGAUUAAAUAUGGAGAAUUUCUGUAUGAUCAUCUUGUCAUUUUUUCUCCAUCAGUGGAAGAUUUUGGAGGCAAUAUCAAUGUUGACACUAUUACCACAUUCAUUGAUGGAGGCGGAAAUGUACUAGUUGCUGCAAGCUCAGACAUUGGCGACCCUUUACGUGAGUUGGGUAGUGAAUGUGGGAUUGAAUUUGAUGAAGAGAAAACUGCUGUUAUUGACCAUCAUAACUACGAUGUUUCUGAUCCUGGCCUGCACACUCUGAUCAUUGCUGACAAUGAACAACUGCUCAAGGCUCCCACUGUUGUCGGGAAGCAGCCAAAGAAUCCUCUUUUAUUUCAGGGAGUUGGUAUGGUGGCAGAUCCUGAUAACCCUCUUGUACUGGAUAUUUUGACUGGAGCUUCUAGUUCUUACUCCUUCUUCCCAGACAAGCCUAUAACACAGUAUCCGCACGGUGUGGGGAAGAACACGUUAUUGAUUGCUGGACUCCAAGCCCGGAACAAUGCUCGUGUGGUCUUCAGUGGUUCUGUUGAUUUCUUCAGUGAUGCUUUCUUUAAUUCUCCUGUGCAAAAGGCUACUCCAGGAUCUGAAAGAUUCUCAAAAACUGGGAAUUAUGAACUGGCUGUGGCCCUGUCCCGUUGGGUAUUCAAAGAAGAAGGAGUUCUCAGAGUUGGAAAGGUGUCCCACCAUCGUGUUGGAGAAACCCAGCCGCCAAAUGCCUACACCAUAACAGACCUAGUGGAGUACAGUGUUGUUAUUGAGAAGCUCUCCAAUGGGAAGUGGGUCCCAUUCGAUGGAGAUGACAUUCAACUGGAGUUUGUUAGAAUUGACCCCUUUGUUAGAACUUACCUGAAGAGAAAAGAUGGUAAAUACAGCGUGCAAUUCAAAUUACCUGAUGUUUAUGGCGUGUUCCAGUUUAAAGUAGAUUACAACAGGCUUGGAUACACUCAUCUUUACUCUUCCACCCAGGUGUCAGUUCGACCUCUCCAACAUACUCAGUAUGAACGUUUUAUCCCAUCUGCCUACCCGUAUUAUGCCAGCACCUUCUCCAUGAUGGUUGGACUCUUCUUAUUUUCAGUUGUCUUCUUGCACAUGAGAGAAAAAGAGAAGGCAGAGUGAGCUCUGAUUGCAGUGUGUUGUGUUCUUGGCCUCACUAAUGCUGAAAAUUUAAGUUGAUGUGAAUUGGUGAUAGUUGGGUGCAAAUUCUAGUAUUUGCUUUACUGACCACAGUAAUUUUCUGAGCACAUACAUUCUAAGUUGCAACAAAACUGAAAAUGGCAUUUAUCAUUGAUCCCUCCAUUGAUCAGAGGUUAUCUGUGUCCUGUGGGUUACUGAAAAUGGGUUUAACCUUGUAUUGAUUCUUCUUCUUGGAGAUGAAUAAGCUUUGUGGUAAAAAGAAAAUCUAUUAAAGUUUUUUAGAACCACAUCUUCACUCACAAUCAAGUCCAUUGUUUCCUUGGCUGUGUCAGAUGAAGGAAACUAUUAGACCUCUAGUGCUUCACUAAGUGACAUCUCCAUACACACAAGAAAAACUGGAAAACUUUGCAUUCAUCUAUCACUGGUUCAAAUCAAAAGAGUCUGAGUAUUAACCAUUUGGUCACUCUUGAAAAAGAUCUUGACCUUUGGCCAAUAAGACGUUACUUUGAGCUGGGAGAAAUUUAUUUUCAUCUAUUGUUUAAUUUAAAAUGUUUCAUUCCGGUUUUCCAAUUACGGCAUCCACAUUGAUGUAACUUCUCCUUAAAAUUAUUUUUCCACACCAUCGGAAAUAAAGUGUAACAUUCCUUUUUU